AGGCGCUGCGGGGCGGUGCGGGGCCCGGCAUGGCGGCGCAGACGGUGAACGUGGCCGAGCUGUCGCUGCCGCAGCUGGAGCUGCUCAAGGGGCAACUGGAUCAGGAGCUGGAGUUCCUCUCCUCCUCCAUUGCCCAGCUGAAGGUGGUGCAGACCAAGUACGUGGAGGCCAAAGACUGUCUGAACGUCCUCAACAAGGGCAAUGAAGGGAAGGAUCUCCUGGUGCCCCUCACCAGCUCCAUGUACGUCCCCGGGAAGCUCUCGGAUGUAGAGCGAGUCCUGAUCGACGUGGGCACCGGCUACUACGUGGAGAAGCCCGCUGCUGCCGCCCGCGAGUUCUUCAAGCGCAAGAUCGAUUUCCUGACCAAGCAGAUGGAGAAGAUCCAGCCAGCCCUGCAGGAGAAGCACGCCAUGAAGCAGGCCGUGGUGGAGAUGAUGAGCCAGAAGAUCCAGCAGCUCACGGCCCUGGGAGCCGCGCAGGGGGCGACCACCAAGGCGUAGCCUUCAGCCUCACUGGCUCUCCUCACCAUCCUCAGCCCUGGGCUGGGAGCAAGGGGCAGUGUGGGGGCACAGCACAGAGCCCCCCAGCACCGUCCCACUUCAGCAUCCCAGUCCUCCAGCUGCUCUUUCCUCCCCCAGGGUGCCUGGGAGCACCAACCCACCUUCUGCAGGCAGCAGCGAAUAAAUGCAUCAUGGAAUCGGAA